UGACGACAGAUGUUGCGGCUGGCGAGGCUGCGAGUGACCCGAACCGGAUUUGAUUCCAUUCCCUCCUAGGAGUCCGGCUUGAGAGCAGACGCUUCUCCUUCUUAUUUUCUUCCUUCUCCUUCUGCCGCCCGGGCGCUCCUUGUCCCUCGCGAUGGCGCUCAGCGAUGCCGACGUCCAGAAGCAGAUCAAGCACAUGAUGGCUUUCAUUGAGCAGGAAGCCAAUGAAAAAGCAGAAGAAAUAGAUGCUAAGGCUGAAGAAGAAUUCAACAUUGAGAAAGGUCGCCUUGUUCAGACACAGAGGCUGAAAAUCAUGGAGUACUACGAAAAGAAAGAGAAACAAAUUGAACAGCAGAAGAAAAUUCAGAUGUCCAACCUGAUGAAUCAGGCAAGACUGAAGGUUCUCAAAGCAAGGGAUGAUCUGAUUGCAGAUUUACUGAAUGAAGCUAAGCAGCGACUGGCUAAAGUAGUGAAGGAUAAUGCCAGGUACCAAACACUGUUGGAUGGAUUGGUUCUUCAGGGAUUUUAUCAGUUACUUGAGCCUAAAAUGACUGUCCGUUGCCGGAAGCAGGACUUUUCCUUGGUGAAGGCUGCAGUCCAGAAGAGCAUCCCAAUUUACAAAGGUGCCACCAAAAAGGAUGUUGAUAUCCACAUUGACCAGGACACGUUUCUGUCAGAAGACAUUGCUGGAGGUGUUGAAAUCUAUAACAGUGAUAAGAAAAUCAAGGUUUCCAAUACUCUGGAAAGCCGGCUGGAACUGAUUGCCCAGCAGAUGAUGCCAGAUAUCCGAACGGCGCUUUUUGGUGCCAACAACAACAGAAAGUUCAUGGAUUAAGCUCUUUGGAUCCAAGGUGGAAUUCCUUCCACUGCCAUAGUGAAGCUAGAUGCCAGAGCAUCUCUCAUAAAACAACAACCACACACCCCUUAAAAUGUACUCGGUGGUAUGUUGUAUUGUCCUGUGUAUAUUCUUCAGUUAAGUUAUUUUGUGCAUAUGUACUGCGCUUAGCCUGAAUGGAAAAGAGGCUGGAGAACCUCAGUCCACAGAGCAAUUGUGUAUGAUAUUAAAAAGGAGGCAUUCAGGUUGGUUGGAUACAGGUGGGGAUCAGUAGUGGUCUCUUUGAUUUGACCACAUCCCUUAAGUGGUCUCCAGACACGUCUCCAGCCUGUGCUGCUUAAUUUUCCUUCCUCAAAGGCUUCCUCCUUACUUGUGAACAUAAGGGUUUCUGUAAUUCACAUUGAUUUGGUCAGCCCCAGAUUUUUGUUCUGUAUAUGUGGUUUAAAAGUAUGUAUACAGUAUACACACACCUCAUCCUGUACUAGUUUAUUAAAAUAAAGUGUGUGAAAGGGGA